GACCGUUCUGAAAACGGCACCGGCCAAUGGAGAUCCGAGACCGUUGAAACGUUCGUUCAGCAUGUAAUAGUGCAUUAGCAUUCACUAUUCAGGUAUUUAUUUGAGAAAAGGGAACGCUGGCUGCAGCCCUUGACAAAAACGCAUGCUUCUCCGGUGUGGUUAAUUUCUGAGAUUGACAGCGUGGAUGCCAGUCUUCUUCGUAUUUUUUUCUUGGCAAAUGGAAACGCCUUAAGACUGCGUCUACACCGUUUGGAAGUAUAAAUAUUCAAUUGUGGUUGACAGCACGAAACAAUAGAGGGUUCUUCUUUUCUUCCGUGUGAUUAGUACCUUGAUGCGUGUGUCGGUUGAGCCAUAUUUGUUGCACAUUAACACGAUUUUUUUUAGAUGGGCAGUUCUCGGGACACCAGGAGGCAUAGGCUGGAAAGCUGUGAGUAACCAAGAAUUAUUACUUUGAAAUAGUUGUAUAAUCUUGAUCAGCAAAAGAAGAAUCCACGAACAGAAUUACCCAGAAAUAGUAUUUUGUGUUGGCACGAAACACUGCGAUAUGUCCAUAUAAAAAUUUUCAAGCGUUGAGCAACAGGUGGCUCCGUGGCGCAAUGGAUAGCGCAUUGGACUUCUAGUCAAGCACUUGAGGGGUGAUUCAAAGGUUGUGGGUUCGAGUCCCACCGGAGUCGCAUUUUGGUUGCUUUGAAAACCAAAUCAGAUUUAUUUAAGUAAUCUAGUGUUAUGUUUAAACGAAACCUAUGUAACCCACUGGAAAAAAACAAAGAUCUAUUACUCUGAACUGUCGGACAGAGGCGGAGUCAGACAUUUUAUACACCCGGGGCUUAGCAUGCGGGGUAGUAUUCAUGUGGGAUGUGGGAUGCGGGAGGGGGGGGGGGUUAGAAAUGACUGAAAAACAUGCUGUGAAGUUGAAGAUUUAUUAGGCUGUGACUCUACUAACCUAUCAGAAGCUUCUUAAACUCAGAAUGGAAUCGUCUGGAGUUUUCUUAUUAAUUAAAGACACAAUAAACUUAGUGUAUAUAUAUACUCAAAUUUGAUGAAAGUGAUAAAAAUAGACAUCUCUCUCUCUCUCUUUAUUCUGACAUUUAACUAAUUCAAAAGAUAUUUCAAUAUUUAUUUAUAUAAAACAAAAAAGUUUACUCUAAAUUGAUGUUUAACAGUAAAAAAAAUGUUUUUAUGUUUUUUCCCUAAAGUGUAUGUAAAUAUUUGGUUUCAACUGUGAAUAUACUGCUGUGUAUUGAAAUUCCUCUUGUUUUGCAUAGAAAUAUAUUGAACAACAUACAAAGCAUAAUAUAUAAAAUAACAUUUACCUGAGUUUUUUCUUUGAAAGAAUUAAGCCCCUUAUGUCCAUUGUUGUGUACAUCAGUACAUAACUGAAACCGAUUUAGAGUGCUUUAUUUAGCCGUGGAGGGUAACAACUAAAAAUAUGAAAUAAACACACAUGUAAGCUAAGACUCUCUAAAAAAACAGCAUUGUUGUUCGGCUUUUCAUUUCGCCAUUUCUUGAUUCACUCGAAUAGCAAGUAACGUAAUAUGGGUCAAGUGAUCAGUUUGAUAUCUUUUGUCAGCGUCAUAUUUACAUUAUUUGUACAGUACGAAUGAUUUGCUUUGGUACCUGGUCAAACUUAAGCUCUCCUCUGUCUGCCUGUCUGCACUUCUCCUACAGCAAAUUCGCAGGCAGCAGCUUCUCCCCCCUCGCUCAAAGCGUAAGUGCUGUGCUCAGUCGCCUAGUGCCUGAGCUCGGAUCAUACCAAAAUUAGGGGGAAUUUACGACUGUGCGCUAUGUGCUUCGAAUAUUGUGUGUAGUUUUUGUUUUAUACAGUUGUCAGUCAGGCAUCUAACUAUGAAAUAAAUUACACUCCAAAAGACCCUGGGCUUCUGAAACAACAACCCGGGCUUAAGCCCAGUAAACCACCCCCCCCCGCUCCGCCAAUGCUCUCGGACAUUUUAUUAUUUAAAAUUACAUUUUGUUAAAUAUGUAAUAAAAUCCAUGUAAUCCUAACAGCGGUAAUUCAAAUAUUGAAAACUUCAAGCUAGUUAAGUCAAAAGACAUAGAUCAAUGUAAAAGAAUAAAAAUGUUAAUCUUCCGGAUAGAUAGAUACCGGAUUCUCACUAUAUGGCUAUUCAGUCCUUUAUGCAGGGGUAUAACGCUGUGUGCGUCAGGAUAAUGGGGAAAAGCUGCUUUUAAAAAAACAAAAAAAAAAACAACUUUGUUCAUUUGUGUGUAUGUGCGAGAGUUUAGUUUAAUUUGGCGCCAUCUGUAGAGAGACCAGAUUUCUUCUCAAUAAUCAGGAUGCAAUAUGGCAAAACUAACAGCAGAGGGCAGAAAUACAGUGAUCGGGAAUUAAUGUUCAUCAUUGGAGUCAGUUGGGGUUCUAGCUAGUAUGGCGCCCUGGGCGAACCCCGUCCUUCAGCGCUUUCCCCAUCCCCCCCAACAAAAAAUAUGCAUCAAUAUCCAACCACCUGCCCCCCACCAGCAAAACAGCCAAUUCAUUCGGCACUGUAUAUAUAUAUAUACACACACACACACACACACACACACACACAAAUAAGAUUAAUAAAUAUCAAAAAGGAGUAACUAAUGUAAAUAGAAAAAAAUUGUAAUAUAUAAAGAUAAAAAAGUUAUACUAGCCUACAGCGCAAAUUUCACAUCACGAUUUUUUUUUUUUUGGGGGGGGGGCGUCAGUGCUUAUGGAACGCCAUAAUACUCAAAAUGAAAUUACAUGUAUAUAUGUAUGUAUAUAUGUACAUAUAACGAAUAAAUGAUUGCAAUAAAGUGUCUUCUGCGUAUGAUAUAGAUUGUACUUCGUAAUAAUGUUGUGAUUUUAAUUAGACUGUCGUUUUUAAAUAUUAUUUAACAGAAAAAAGGCGAUCACCUAAAUAAUUCUAAUUUAUAUAUAACAACGUUUCACACUUGUAUUUCCUAACCAGGAUUUUAUUUCAAAUUGCCUCUUUUCGUAAUGAAGGGAUGCUCUGUAAAUCAUUAUGAAGGGGGCGGGACGGAACUUGUAAUUGGAUCAAGUGUUUCCUGAAUGUUUCAACCUGGACAUCAGGAAGGCAUAGAGAUCGUUUAGUUGUAUGGUGCAGAGCUGGCGACGUGCCCGACUUGAUGUGACCGUUGCAUCCACACGAAGCAUGUGGUCUAAAAAUCCCGCAACAUGGUUGAAAGUUAUUCAUCGAUUUCCGUCUCUGUAAGUGCACUUAUUCUGCUAAACACUUCAUUUACAUUCUCAGUCUCCAUUACGAGGUCCUCUUAUCAUAAACUACAUCCUUGUGUUUGCUCAGCUAAUUUGCCCAUCUAACUACUAAUAGGCUACGUCCCCCAUAGCUUCUCGUGACACUUCCUGCAUGUGCUUGGCCAAAUAAUGGAUCGCCAAGGAAUAGCAAAUCUCAAGUGCGGUCCCGCCCUAAUCACAGUAAUUGACAGAGUGCACCUUUAUUAUGAAAAGUGGAAUUAUGAAGUAAAAAGCUGGUUCAUUCGGAACUCUCAUUCGCAAAUACAUCAAUUUUGGAAAGUGAACUUAGACUGUGCAUCAUUCGCUUUUCCUUCACUUUCCGGUAAAAAGUUUUCUACGUGACCUCUGUAGGUCAGGUGGCCAGGUCACGUGAUGUGACACUAUAAGUAAUUUGAUAUAUAAUUUAUAUUAUAUUUAUCUAUAUUAUAUUAUUUAUAUUUUUAUUUAUAUGUACACACAUAUAUAUAUGGCAUAUGUGUGUGCGUGUAUAUAUAUACAGAGUAUUACAGAAUGUCCUGGACGACCACCCAUGUCACCCCUACCUAAAUCUGCCAGUAAUAUUAGGUGGAUUUCCUGAAAUCACAAAAUAAGAUCCAGUCAGCUUUUUCAUAUGCUCAUCAUAUUUACAGUACAGCACUAUGAGUGAGUAUUUGAUUUUCAUCUUUUUUUGGAUUAUUAGUGGAGCCUUUGUCAGUUCACAGCUGGUUUUGCAUUAAAAAGUGUUAGUAGCAAAAUGUUUGGUGAUGUUUUAUUGAGUCAGCCAUUCAUUGGUCCAGAGCCUAUCCAGGAAACAACAGGCACAAAAUAGGGAAUAACUUUCAUCUGUGAUACUAGCAUUAUGUUGAGUUUCUGUAUUGCACACUUAAGUCCAUGUGAUGUGACUAAUCCUUUCUGGAUUGAUCCUCUCUUGUGGCCAUUAGAUACAAUGCUUUUAGAGUGGUUUGACUGGAUGCCAUUGUUCCGUACAUUACAGAGUUUUUGAGGGACCACAAGUGUAGAAUAGAAUAGAGAGAGAGAAAAAAAGAGGUAGAGAGAGGGAUGGGGGCAGGGGACAUUAGCUGCAUUGGAUGACAGUCUGAGGGGGAGGGGGGUAGAGUAUACAUUGCAACACACAUCCCGCUUGACUCUGCAGGGACAGAAACGCAAGCAGCAAAAGAGAUAGUGAGAGACAGUGAAAGGUCACCUCGCUGCACGUAAACCUGAGAAGGUUCGCUUUAGCAUAGUGAGCAACUUCGACCGAGGAGAGCAAGCAAUGAUUAAAGAAGACAAAGACUAAGCGUUGAUUUUGUAGCUGUGUCAGCAGCAUUAUUUUUCCCUCGCGUUCUUGCAUGCACAAUCAUUAAGCCCUGUGAGUGUUUAUUAUAUUUCGUGAAAGAUUUUCAGGCGUGCUCAUUUCCACUCCAAUCUAAAAGUGCAUCGGUGAGUCUUCAGGAGUUAUCUAUGGUCACCGUAGCAGAUCAGGAAGAGGAAAGGAGAUCCAGUCACCUCAUUUACAAGCGCUGUGCCUCAAACUCUCCCGGAGCUACAGAUGGAGGUGGUCAGUCUGCCGGCUGUGUCCCGCGUGGCGAUCUGCGGCGGCACCCACGGCAACGAGAUGACGGGCGUGUUCCUGGUGAAGGAACUGCAGAAGAGGAAGAGGAAGGAGGAAGGGGCAGAGGCUCCCGACAUCCUCCCGGUGAUAUCCAACCCGCGAGCUGUCCAGCGGUGUCAGCGAUAUAUAGAGACAGACCUCAACCGCUGCUUCACUACUGCCACCCUCAGUGUUCCAGUGUCAGACGGGACCCCGUAUGAGAUUCAGCGAGCGCAGGAGCUGAACGUUUUCCUGGGCCCUAAGGGCAGCGUUAAGUCUGUGGACCUGGUGUGCGACCUGCACAACACCACUGCCAACAUGGGCCUGUGUCUCAUCUCGUACUCCGAAUGCGACUGGAUCUCUCUGCACAUCUGUAGACACCUGCAGAAGGAAAUGCCGUCCGUCCCUGUGAGGUAUAUCCACUAUGAUGUUCCUCUCUCUGAAGCCUAUUCUCUGGAGUCAGUGGGCAAGCAUGGCUUUGCUAUGGAGGUUGGUCCACAGCCCCAUGGGGUCGUCAGGGCAGACGUCUGGGGCACCAUGACGGAGGGGGUCCGCCUUGUACUGGACUGGAUCAAGCGCUUUAACUCAGGUGUCCAGUUUGAUGACAAAGUGAUGGAAAUCUACACCUUGGUGAAGACCAUUGAUUACCCCAGAGAUCCAGAGACCCAGAUGAUCACAGCAACGAUCCACCCCCAACUCCAGGACCACGACUUUUGCCUGCUUCACCAAGGCGAUCCCUUGUUCCUGACAUUCUCGGGAAACACAGAGUAUUACAGAGGCGAGGAACCUCUAUAUCCUUUCUUCGUAAACGAGUCUGCAUACUAUGAGAAAGGAAUUGCUUUCUUACUAGCCCGGAAGAAAAAAGUGAACAUUCCAUCUGUUCGGGUGAUGACAAGGGAAAGCGUGUGAAUGAAGGACCGAAACUACGGAAUGACUACACACGAGUUAGCAGCUGGCAAUAAAAAUGAGCACUGCACGGGUAAAACCAUCACAUCGCAUCUCAUAAACAAUCUCAGGAAUGUCAGUGUUCUGGACAAACCUGAAUAAGCCUUCAUUUAACUUUUCUUCCUUUAUAUGACGGAGAAUGUGCUAAGAGCUAGUUAUAUGCCCAGUAUAUCUGUGCCUGUUAUAAUUACAGCCUCAAUCCUGAACUAUUUUGCACUCUUAAUCUGAUUUUUUUCCUGUCUACCCUACAUUAAUCUCCUAGGCCAGCUAGGAGUAUACCGGUCUGUUUCUUAUUAAAACAGCUUAGUAAUCCUACACCACCUGCAAGCAAAUCCACUGCCAGCAGGUGGCAGACACACCCAGAACAAGAACAACGUUUUAUUUCGGUGAUAUACACAAAGACAUAGACUUCUUUAUCAUUUAGCCCACUUUCACACAUACCUCAAUCAACUUCAUAUUUUUUGGGUGACAGAGGGACUAAAUAAAGUACAAGACAUAUCACUACUAAUAAAUAGUUCUGUUUAAUACUGUGCUUCCACAUAAUACAACUGUGAAGUCACAUUCUGCUUUUCUUUUUGUGCUUUAUUUUAUAUUACUAUUGUUCUGAAAUUCAAUUAAAAACUAUAUUUAAAGCUCUCA